CCCACUCCAGUCAUCAGAUGGCGAUGUGCGUCUUUUAGGUUCCGGCGACGCUACCAGUGUGACGUAUAAUCUAGUGGACGGGACGCUCCUUCAACAACAACAGCUCGUCAGACACCUCGGUAGCUUUCUAGCAAACAUAGCUACAACAUUCACGCUCUUUACACUGUUUUAGUGUAUAUUCGUCGCUGUGUAUUAAACACACUUCUGUCGUAUGUACUCGAUGACCCACUUAAUUAUAUAUUUACGUUGUUUGUCAGCUAGCUGGUUUGCUAAAUUAGCUUAGAACUAGACUAGUCGCUAAUGCUAGCUAGCUAAAAUUUCCGAACAUGAGUUCACCAAGCUUCUCUCCUCUUGAUAAAGAAGCUCUCAUCAAAGAGGAGGAGGAACAGGAGGCUGUUACAAUACAAAAACAAGUAGAGGGUGAGGCUGUUACCGUGAAAGAAGAAGAGAAAGACGUUUCAGUGAAAGAAGAGGAAGACGCGUUCAGAGUGAAAGAGGAGGAGGAUGUUACAGUAAAAGAAGAGGAGGAUGUUACAGUAAAAGAAGAGGAGGAUGCCGUUUUUGGAGUAAAAGAGGAGGAGAUGACUGUCACAUUGGAGGAAGAAGAGGAGGUUGGAGAUCUGUUUAACACCAGAGAGAUACGGGACUAUCGUGGAUCCUCUGGGGAGCCUCAACAACCUCAUGACGCUGAAGAGGCAGAGACGAGUUUCUCCAGAUCAGAACACCUUAAUAAACACCUGCAGAUAUCCACAGGGAAAAUAACUCACUGCUCCUCUGACCGUGGGAAGAGAUUCACCUCAUCAGACAUUACAAUUCAUCAGAGAACACACACAGGAGAGAAAUCUUAUAGCUGUGGUCAAUGUGGGGAGAGUUUUGGUGCAUCUUGCACUCUGACUCUACACCAGAGAACACACACAGGAGAGAAACCCUAUAGCUGUGGUCAAUGUGGGAAGAGAUGGAGGACAUCUGGCCAGCUGACAUCACACCAGAGAACACACACAGGAGAGAAACCUUAUAGCUGUGUUCAAUGUGGGAAGAGUUUUGGUCAAUCAACCAGCCUGAUAUCACACCAGAGAAUUCACACAGGAGAGAAAUCAUAUAGCUGUGGUCAAUGUGGGAAGAGUUUUGGUCAAUCAAGCGCUCUGACUCUACACCAGAGAAUACACACAGGAGAGAAACCUUUUAGCUGUAAACAGUGUGGGAAGAGUUUUACUCACAAAAGCACCCUGAUAUCACACCAGAGAAUACACACAGGAGAGAAACCGUAUAGCUGUGAUGAAUGUGGGAAGAAUUUUGCUUUUUUGAACAAUCUGACUCUUCACCAGAGAACACACACAGGAGAGAAACCUCAUUUCUGUGAUCAAUGUGGGAAGAAUUUUACUCAGCUAAAAAGCCUGAUAUCACACCAGAGAACACACACAGGAGAGAAACCUUAUAGCUGUGUUCAAUGUGGGAGGAGUUUUUCUCAGUCAACCAGCCUGAUAUACCACCAAAGAAUUCACACAGGAGAGAAACCUUAUAGCUGUGGUCAAUGUGGGAAGAGUUUUGGUCAAUCAAGAGCUCUGACUCUACACCAGAGAAUACACACAGGAGAGAAACCUUAUAGCUGUGGUCAAUGUGGGAAGAGUUUUGGUCAAUCAAGAGCUCUGACUCUACACCAGAGAAUACACACAGGAGAGAAACCGUUUAGCUGUAAUCAAUGUGGGAAGAGUUUUACUCAAAAAAGCACCCUGAUAUCGCACCAGAGAAUACACACAGGAGAGAAACCGUAUACCUGUGAUGAAUGUGGGAGGAGUUUUACUUUUUCGAGCAAUCUGACUCUUCACCACAGAACACACACAGGAGAGAAAUCUAAUUUCUGUGAUCAAUGUGGGAAGAGUUUUGCUAGUUCACGCAAUCUGACUCUUCACCAGAGAACACACACAGGAGAGAACCCCUAAAGCUGUACUCAAUGUGGGAAGUUAUUUUUAUUUUUUACUUUUAUUUUAUUUUUUAGCCUUCUGAAGACACACAGGAGAGAAAUCUUAUAGCUGUACUGUAUGUGGGAAGAGUUUUGUUCAAUCUGGGAAACUGAAGAUUCACCAGAGAACACACACAGGAGAGACAUCUUAUAGCUGUGAUCAAUGUGGGAAGAGUUUUGUUCAAUAUAGCUCUCUGAAGAUACACCAGAGAACACACACAGGAGAGAAAUCUCAUAGCUAUGAUCAGUGUGACCAGAGAUACUCUGAAAAACAUCAGAAAAUACAUACAUGUCAAUGAUAUGAUUUCACAAUGUACAAUGUUUUAACAUUGUAGUAGGAGUAUUUUAAUGAUGUCACAAUGUAGAACCCUAAACGUUUGCCCCCUGUUCUAUUGAUUUCAGCAUGAUAUGGAUAUUAGCCUCAGGGGAAAAUCCAGGCUCUGAAAUGGAAUAGUACUAUUUAUGAGACUAAGUUUAUGAGAAAAAGAUUUGUUACACUUACCACGGUGGUGACCCACUUGAGUGAAAAUGCAACACUUCAAAAUGUGGCGAGCUGUUUUUUACAAAUUGUCCUCUAACCAGUGAUGUACACAUUAUUGACAGAUUCCGUGUGGUUUUUGAGCUGUUAGUUUUAACAGGAUGUGCAACCUCAUCUCCCUCCUCUCGGCACAAUGGAUUUCAACGUGAUUUCAAUGAGUGAUAACAAAUAAGUGCAUCACUCCAAUGUAGCUGACUGUCUUCUGCAGGUGGUCCUCUAACUAGUGAGCUAAAAGAUAUCUCCCAUUUCCAUGUGUUUUUUAGAUGUUAGUUUCAACAUCAAGUACAAUCUGACCUCCACCCUAAUCGAUAUCAGUGAUUUAUUGCUACUUGUCAAAACAACAGUGUUUUUGGUGCUUGUGUCCAUGGUGAGGACAACAAGUUUCUGAUUGUCUCAUGGUUGGACAGUCAAAAAGAUUUGUGUUUUGUGUUUAGCCAGUGCGGUCCAUUGAUCACAAAUUAUUUUGACUUUCCGUAUUAGAGAUGAGUUAUGUUCCAAGGGGACAGAGAGUUCUAGAAGCAAGUGAGUUUUAGGAAGGGAAAAAAAUACACUUUUUUUCUUGUUUUUAAUUGUUGCCAGUCAGUAGACACCAUGUUAAUAUUGUAGAAUGUGAAGCAUUGUAGUUGAUUAUAAUGUGAAAUGGAAGUUGUUUUCUGUUGGUGGUGUGCAUUCUUUUAAGGUGUUACAGUCUUUGGUUUUUCCAUUUAUGUUCUGAGGUUGGACUUCAGCUCGUUAGCACGUAGGGCGCACUGGUGUCACCUCGUUAGUCAGUAUGUGUUGCACCUGUGCUGGCUUGUCCAUAUCGUUAGUGGGAAGGUGUUUCACCUGAGCUGGUCCAGGUUCUAUUUAAGAGUGUCUGGCCCAGUGCUCCAGUUGUCUUGAUAGAUGUGGAGAGUCAACACCUUUUAGUUGAAGACUAUUUAUACAAUGAAACACUGUUUUUUUAUUCAAACUGUUUGUAAACAAUAACUUCUGCCCUCUUAGGGUCUACUUGACCCGCUUAUUGAUUAGAAAGUAUGAUUAGAAACCAAGGCUGUGGAAUAUAUUCUCUCUCACAGGCUAUGAAAAAGACAAAAGCUAGGACAUUGACUCAUGAGUGUUGAAUUUAUGCCCACUCUACAACAACCCAGGUUGUUAUAUGCCCCUGAGGAUCAUCUACGAACAUAUGAACAUCUACAACUAUUGAAGAUGCAAAAAAAAGAGGGGUUUUCAGAAAUAUAUUUGGUUUGCAGAUAUGUAUUAUUAUAAAAAAUAAUAUACCAUUAUUAUCAUAAUCUUUAGGAUUAAUAUGUUACAUGUGAGACAUAACCAGAAACGUCAACGUAGACAACUUACAAGAAUGUGUUUACCAGGCUGUGAUGAAAACACUUUAAAGGAGCUCUAAUUCAAACAUGCAGGGCUAUAUAUAUAUAUAUAUGAUACGAUUACCCACGUUAAAACUGUUGCUGCAAAAUCACUUCUCAAGGUGUGUACAUUUCAAGCUUUCAACAACAAUAAACCAACCAGCACAAUAAUGUUUCUCAGACUUACACACGGUUGAGUUUUCCUAGUUAGUAAAGAAACAACCACUAAGCAAAACACACAAAGUUGUAAUAUAAUCUGUAUUCAAGUCAUUCUAUACGGAAAACAGGUACAUUUAGAUUGAUCAAGAAUUCCCAAUAGGUUUGUGUCACACCCUGACCAUAGUUUGCUAUGUAUGUUUAUAGGUUUUGUUUGGUAUGGGUGUGAUCUGAGGGGGCUUUCUAUGUUGUGUGUCUAGUUUGUCUUUUUCUGUGUUUGGCCUGGUAUGGUUUUCAAUCAGAGGCCGGUGUUAGUCGUUGUCUCUGAUUGGGAACCAUAUUUAGGUAACCUGUGUUGUCAUUGUUGUGUGAUUGUCUAUGUUAGGAGCUUGGGUCAGCACAUUUGGUAUAUAGCGUCAUUGUUGAUUUAUUGGCUUGUUCAGUUUACUACGUGUUUUCGUCAUCCAUUAAAACGAUGCAUUCACACCACACAGCGCUUUGGUCCGCUUCUUAUUACCCAUGACGAUCGUGACAGCUUGAU